AUCUCGGACAGUUCUCUCAUGUCUUUCACAAUCCCAAAGCUGGAAAAUUCUCUCAUAAUUCGGUCAAGACGUCAAAUUCAAAUUGCCACUUUCCAUUUCACUGUUCCUCCUCCUCCACCUCCGCCACCGGUAUCACCGUCGACGGUACCAUUAUAUGCCAAAUUAGUAGAAAACCCAGUUCUAUGUAUAGAAAGAAAAUCUGGUUUAUUUGGGUUUUAUUUAGCUCGGUUCUGAUCCUAGGUGCCUAUUUAUUGAAUUUGAAUAGGUGAGACAGAUGCUUAUAAUUGUUGGGAUUUUGCUGAUUUUUUGUUUGGUAGUCUGCCAAAAGUGGAAGAAUGCGACGGCUAAAAGGGAGGAGAUUUUGGGGCUGGUGACCAUGGCUUCCGAAAAAGAGGCUGAAAUUGCAGAUAUUAUAGCUGUUGAGGAUUUCAAGUCAUCUCCUUUGCCACCUCCCGUACGGAUAGAAAAGCGGUAUUAUUGUGCCGUUUGUCUUUGUCCCACUACUACGAGGUGCUCUCAGUGCAAGGCUGUGCGAUACUGUUCUGGCAAGUGUCAGAUAAUUCACUGGAGACAAGGUCACAAGGUUGAAUGCAGGCCGGCAUUUAAGUUGGAUGCUAGCGAGGGAAAUGAAUGCAGUAUGCCAACGGCUUCACAAAAUCAGUUUAAGAUGCAAGUAAAUGAAGUUAAUGGCUGUUCAGAUUCCCCACAAUCACUUAAUGAUUCUGGAUCCUCAAGUACAUUGUUGUCUCGGUUCUCUUCUUCCGCCACUUAUAGUGAAACAUCAUCCGAUGCUUCUAUCUGUGAGGAUCUUGGAUCGGAUAAGGUACCUUCUGAAGAUAUUAAUACCGAUAUGCGUAGAACUACCUUAGAUUCUGAUAAUAUGGAGUUGACAAGACCUUCAUUGGAUUCUAUUGAUUGUUCUGUAAAUAAAAUGCUUGGUUCUAACAAGUUAAACAAAAUGCAAAUUAUCAAUAGUAGUGAAGGCCCAUCUGAAACUACUGGUGAUGGCUCUGCUGUGUUAGAAGAGUUUGUCCCGAGUGCAACUAAGCUGAAGAAUUCACGUUCAUCUAGUUCUUCAAGGACACCAUUUUCUUCAGCUGAGUACUGGAAAAAUGAGGCACAGCUAUCCAAGAGUAAGGAAAGGAGAUCCAUGUCAUUUAGGGGUUCCGGUGAUCAUCGAAUAACAUCUACAGAACAACUUUCACUUCCAUUUUCGAUGUCUAUGAAAACUGAAAGUUCUCAUUCUUUGCCUUCUGAAGUUGAAAGCACACAAAUACUGUCACAACCUGCUAGCAAGGGUUUGAAGACGUCAGUACGGAAAUUUGUACAGCAGUUUAGAGCACCAAGGCAGUCAAACUCCUAUGCGCUGGGUAGUAGGAAGUCCUCUAUUGGAAAAUAUAAUCACGAGGCCAUAUUUUCUCCCAAGCUGUUCAUGAAAUUGUACGCUUGUGGUGAUGUGGAACUUCAUCCCUUUGGCCUUGUUAACUGUGGAAACAGCUGUUACGCUAAUGCAGUGCUGCAGUGCCUGGCUUUUACUCGGCCAAUUUGUUCUUAUCUUCUUCACGGGUUUCACUCGAAAACAUGUCAGAAGCAGGAUUGGUGUUUUAUCUGUGAGUUCGAAUAUCUGCUUCUGAAGGGACAAAAGUUGAAAUCUCCUUUGUCUCCAGUUGGGUUACUGUCUCAAUUACAAAAAAUUGGAAGUAAUCUAAGUCAUGGAAGAGAAGAAGAUGCACAUGAAUUUUUAAGGUGCAUGGUAGAAACAAUGCAAUCUAUUUUCCUUGAGGAAGCUGGGACUGCAGACCCGUUGGAUGAAGAAUCAACCCUUGUAGGACUAACUUUUGGUGGAUAUCUUCGUUCAAAGAUAACGUGCAUGAAGUGUUCAGGAAGAUCAGAGCGUUGUGACCGGAUGAUGGAUCUUACUGUGGAGAUUGAUGGGGACAUUGAUACUCUUGGUGAGGCUCUUGUGCAAUUCACGACGUAUGAAACCCUUACUGGAGAUAACAAGUACAAGUGCAGCAGAUGUAAAUCAUAUCAGAAAGCUAAGAAGAAAUUGACAGUGUUUGAGGCCCCUAACAUCCUUACAAUUGUCUUGAAGCGAUUCAGGUCUGGCAACUUAGGGAAGCUGGAUAAGCUAGUUCAGUUUCCUGAGGUUCUGAACCUUACUCCAUUUAUGAGCGGAACAAAUGACAGAUGCCCCAUAUAUAGUCUUUAUGGGCUGGUUGUUCACUUGGAUAUUAUGAAUGCUGCUUACACUGGUCACUAUAUUAGUUAUGUCAAAGAUCUCCAGGGAGAUUGGUUUAGAGUUGAUGACAGCAGGGUAAUCCCCGUGGACUUGGAGACUGUUUUAUCAGAACAGGCGUAUAUUCUCCUUUAUGCACGGCACAAUCCACGAGUUCCAUCGUUGGCGAGGGAUAGCAGUGUGUAUGCUGAUGGGAAAACUAUGAGAAACUUGGAAACCAUUUCUGCGAGUAACAGUGGAAAGAGAAGAAAUUCAAAGACCAAACUCCCUGUGGAUCAGAGCACCGAUUUUACAAUGCAUUAUCAGCAGUCUCGAAGAUACCCAAUUUGGAUGACUCCCAAUGAUUUCACUGGCAAACACAUAUUCGAUUCCGAGGGUUUGAGGCAAAGAAAUCCUUUUGUGGACUCAUCAAGUGAUUGUUCUUCAAUUUUGAGCAUGUCAGAUGCCAGUUCAUAUAGUACAGAUAGCACCAAGGACUCGAGUGCUGAUGACGUUUCAGUCUAUAUGUUUGGACCUAGUUAGUAUAGUUCUUAAUGAUUUCUACAGAGAUGUGGAUUCAUCCUUGAGCCUGUAAACUGCUGCCAAUACAUCGGUAAAUGUCUAUUUGAAGGGACUCAGAACAGGAUGCUAAUAUUGCACGCAGAAGCAGCCCAAUGAGAAUUUUCUGAAAUGUUGGUACAGUACUGGACUGGACUGGACGAAUAUAGUCAACUCUACCAAAACAAGCCAUAGAAAGAGUUACUAUGUACACUAAGACAGCUGAAGAAAAUAGAUAGUUCAUAACCGGGUUCACUAGUUCGCGAGUAAAUCGACUAGCUACCCUUCAAAAAAUUAUUGUAUUCCUCCUAAUGGGGAGCAAACAGAGGGAGAGCAACUCGAACAUUUUUUAGCGUUUGAGUUGAGAGGUAAGUUGUACAUUGUUGAGGUACUCUGUAUUUCAGAUAUUGGUUAUAAUAGCCAAGUAAUGGAAAGGCCUUUUAAAGAUCAUUCUUA